AUGCUUUGCCGUGAGUCAUGUGCGCAGGCGUGGCGUGCUCGGAGUAAAGUCCUGCGCUGGCCAGAUCCCUCCACAGAGCCCGCCGCAUCCUGGCAAGGCUCUGCGUGCGAGGCGCCUCCUGAUGUGGACACCGAUGACUGUCUCCAGGAAUAUUGCAACCUCUUUAGCCUGGACAUCCUCAAGGGCAAAGUAGCGUUCAUCACCGGAGGUGGCUCUGGGAUCGGAUUCCGCAUUGCAGAAGUCCUGAUGAGGCAUGGCUGCCAGACAAUCAUUGCAAGCAGGAACCUGCAGAAACUGACAGAGGCUUCCCAAAAACUGUCAGCAGCCACUGGCCAGCGAUGCUUACCCCUCGUUCUCGAUGUCCGGCAGCCCCAGAUGAUCGUGGCAGCCGUGGAUGAAGCCCUAAAAGAGUUUUCGAGGAUUGAUAUCCUUGUUAACAACGCUGCAGGUAACUUCCUCUGCCCGGCUAACUCCCUGUCCUUCAACGCCUACAAAACGGUCAUUGACAUAGACACUUUGGGCACGUUCAACGUCUCUAAAGUCUUGUACGAUAAGUGCCUCCGGGACCACGGUGGAGUCAUCGUGAAUAUCACGGCGACGCUCAGCUACAGAGGCCAGGCUCUCCAGGUGCAUGCUGGGACGGCUAAGGCUGCUAGCACGACCAAGCAUCUGGCUGUCGAAUGGGGACCCAACAGGAUCAGAGUGAACAGCCUGGCACCGGGUCCCAUUACAGGCACAGAGGGCUUCCGGCGUUUGGGCGGGCGUCACGCCGAGUCGAGUGGUGUCUACCAAACCAUCCCCCUCCUGCGCAUGGGCAACAAGACGGAGAUCGCCCACAGCGUGCUGUACCUGGCGAGCCCUUUGGCCUCCUACGUGACCGGCACGACCCUGGUGGUGGACGGGGGCAGCUGGCUGACCACCCCGAACGACUUCCCCUCUCUGUUGGGUAUUGCCUCACACUCUUCUAAACUCUAGCUGUUUGGGCCACGGACGGGAAAAAAGACAAAUGAACUAGGACAUCAGGACUUUGCCGACAGGAUGCUUCCGUUGAGAUGCUUUUUCCAGAAACAUCGAUGUGGGGUCAUUGUGGGGCAGCUUCGGUCCUUCUCUGACAGCAGGGUGGCCUCAGACAAGCGUGGAAGUGGCCGUGUUUAAGGGCAUGCCACUUCGAGCUCAGCUUCAUCUUAGGAUUUCUUCAGUAUUGAUUUCACAAAUACAACCUACUUUAUCUCAAAAGGAGAAUUCUCUCCCUGCUGCUUUCUGGCUGGGGAAAAAAAGUUGUCCAUGACCAAUGCUCCCUCUAAGCAGUGGAGUC